GGAAAAUUCAAAACGGCAAGAGAAGCCCCAGCUCUAAUGUGUUCUCCCGCGGACUGACGCCAAUGAGCUAUUUAAAGCUACACAAUUCGAAAUCUUUCAAUAGCCUUUCAGUUUUAACCCCUUUGGAGAGCUCUCCUCCGUUUCAUUUAACGGCGAACACUAUCGCAGCUUCGCUCCCCCACCGAAAAUUACAGAAUAAACCUGAAGAUCUUCCCGUCGAUCUCAUUCCGAUUUCGUCCUGCAUUUCGAUUCGGUUGUUAAUUUCCGGUUAAAUCACAGGUAGUGGUGUGGCCGAGGAAAUUAGUUGAUUAAACAAAGAUGUUGCAAUGGAUGGGUGGAGCAAGGCGAAAAGUAGCUUCCGUAAGUUUGAUUUUGGAUUAGGUUUUCUUCUUUACUAAUGCCACUGCAUGUUCAGCGUUUCUAAUUGUCGUGUAUCCCUUUUGUUGCCAUUUGUCUUCUGGUUGAAUAAAUUCUUCGGAUUAUUGGGAGAUGAUGCAAUUUUAGACAAGGAAGUCGACGCAAAACAGGUAAGCCCAAAUUUUUAUAAUAUUUAUGUAUAUUUUGAUUCAGUGGAAUCUUUUGUUUUGGUACCAUGUCAGUCAUAGUUAGUUCUGGUGGUCAUCCAUUUGUGUCACCAGUCUUAUCCGUAUGGAUCUCGAGGAUUUGGAUAAACCAAUCAAACUUUUGCUCCACUCUAAAUCUUGUAGACAAAAGCAAUAUUUCGAGCAGAGAAGGCUUCAACAGCUAGCUGCGAAUGCAGGAAAAGCAUCCGAAGGAAUGAAUACAUACAGAAAUCAUAAUGAAAAUAAUAGAUCUUUGGAUGUUCUCAGCUUGCUCAAUUUAUCAAAUGUAGCACAGGAGCCCAAAUCAACUUCUGCAUUAGCAAGUAAUGAACCAGAGCAUGAAGCUUCAAACUAUCAAAUUGUUCAGCCUCUACAAACAUUUGGAAGGUUUCAAAUCCAUGAAAUCAACCCUCCAGUUGCCUCAAAAACUAACGAAGCAUGUUCUUCACCGAGCUAUCAACCAGCAAACGCAAACACAAAGACGAGUUCAGGUAGAACCCCACUUGAUCAUAUCAGAGUUUCCAAUUCAGAUAAUAAGAAAAAUCAGUUGAAACUGGUCCCAGAGAAUCAAGAACUACGUAUGAUUGAUAUACUUGGUGAUGAAGAUGCGAAUAUCAAUAUCUGUUCUGGCAAAAGUUUAGAACGUGAAGCUCAUGCUGCAUUCUCAAUUGAAGGUUUAGGAGAAGUGGAAAUGGAAACCCCAGUUCAUACACCAGUGCAGUCACCAGUUCAUUCACCACAGGGACAUCUCAGUGGCUGCAGAACCUUUUUGCAUGGUCGCUCUUCGCCAUCAAAAGCUAUGAAGCCAACAUAUUCAUUCAACCUUGAUAGCGAGCUGGAUAACAUAGGAUUUGAACUGGACACUAUGAUGCAGGAAGUUGAUGUAAUCUCUUGUAAAAGUUCCAUCGCUCACUCCCUUGGCUCGAAAGAUAGGUUGGGCUCGUGUGGCAAGCCAAAGCAAGGUUUAUUUGACACUGAAAAAUUCUCCCUGUUCAAAGAAAAUCAUAAUGAUUUCAAUGAGCUUCUUGGGGAUGAAGAACUGUUUUUCCACAGUAGAAAGAGUGGAAAACAAACUUGGGAUGAGAAGUCUAGCUCUCUACUUCACAUGAUUGUUAAUGAGAGUGCUUUUGAUUUAUCUCGCGAGGACUGGAUGAAUCAAAGGGAUGCUUCUAAUGAUUACGCCUUUGGCAUGAACCAUAAGAAUAAAGAAUUUACUUUUGAGGACUCUCAUCGACUAAGCAGGACCCCCAUGAGACGUUCUGGAAACCUUGAAGCAGCUGGUGCUUUUUGUUCCACUUUCUCAGCCCGACGUGAUUCACCUGCUCCUUAUCUGAGCCACCAGAAACCAGAUACUUCUCUUCAUUUUAGGAUAUCAGAGACGGCAAGGUAUUCUCCAGUUCGAAGUCACUAUGACGUUGAGGAUUUUCUAGACCAACUGAAGCAACCAUACUACACAUACGAAGACGCAAGAGACAAUACGAGCUUGCUCAGUGAGGAAUCAUGCUCAUCAAGCGCGGUAAAGGGUGUAUCUAAGAAAGGCACAUUCAACUCUAAGGAGAAGCAAAGCUUUGGAAGUGUCGAUGUUGCUUGCUCAGAGGGUUUUUGUAGUGAAGACGAUAUGCCUGACUGGGAAGAGAACUGUGGCAAUUGGAAGAUAUCUCAUGAACGGCAGAACUUAAGUAGGCCAGGAAUUUGCAGUACUUCAAAUCCAUUAAGAUCGAAACCAGCGCAAAACUCAUACAAAAGUCCUCAGAAAAGGUUGAAACCUGAUAAUAGCAGAUUGUUUGAAACAGAUUUUGGUCUUGGUCGGGCAAGUUCAGGUCGUGAUUACUUCCGGGAUUCUGAGAGCAAACAACCUUCGUUUUGCAACUCUAAACUUUGGAUUGAAGAUCCUUUGGAAGCAUCAGAAGAUAUUGGACUGCAUGCUGCUGGAUCAGAGUUUGGGAAGUUUAGCAAAUUUUCUGCUGAUUGUUCACCUUGCCACAGUUUUAAAUCAGAAAAACAUGAUUGCCACCUACCAAAACUGGAGAAUAAUAUAUUGAUGUCAAGUAUGGUCGACUUAUCUGAAGAUGGCAAUUUAGAGUGCAGGAAUUUGAAAUCAUUGCAUGAAGAAAGUUGUCUAGCUUCAGAACAACAAAGCACUACCAGGGGUGUGGAUGAGAAUUCGGAUUUUCAUACUACUGAACAUGAAAAAUGUGAAGCAGAGAAAGACACUUCAAUUUGUAGAGAAAGCUUAUCCCCGAAAAAUGAUAACUCAAGGGAUGCAUCAGAUAUUGAAGACAAGUGUAGUGACUGCGAUGAGUUCAUGGAUGGGUCUGCUGAAGUCGACUGUGCAAAACAUAUGAAGUGUGUUGAAUGUGCAGAAGUGGCGUCUACAGCAGCAGAAAUCCUAGACACCGUUGAUGGCAACCAGUGGCAUGUAGAGGAAAUAAGGAAGGUUGAUGCUCAAACCUCUCUUUCGUGCCAAACAGGAGUAGAAGCAAAAUUGGAAGAAGAAGGCAUUCAUUCCAAACAAAUCAAGUUAGACGGCAAAGACAAAAGUGGCGUUGACUCAAGAUGUCAAGUGAUGGUGCCCAAUAGCUAUGUUCUGCAGUUUCUUUGCAUUCAGGUGCUGAGGAAAGCAUCUGCAAUGGUAACUGAAAAACAGAUUUGA